CAAAAAUACAAAACAGAAGACGCACACUCACACGAUAUUUCGCCGUUUUGACAGUGACCCGUUGCUAUUAUCAUCUGUCUUGGCUCUGUUUGUAAUUGUGCAUUGUCGUUGCAAACGAAUUUGUCUAUGAAUUGGUGACUUGAAGUGAGAAAUUUUAAAAAUCGUUUGUAAUAAUCGUUGGAAAAAUGAGUGAUCCAGAUGAUUUAAUUGGUGUUGCAUCAAAUACACCGAGACAUUCACUUGGCUCAAUCGGCAUUUUAUCAUAUAGUAGCGGUUCGUCGAUAUCACCAUCGAGCAGCAGUUCAAAUUCAGCAAAAUCAGCCGUAAAUGAAUGCUUAGGUGCAUGGCUCAAUUAUCUUCAGAUUCUAAAUAAUUUAUGCACAUCCGGCUAUAGACUUGCACAAGCCAUCGCAACACUUGAACAAUGGGGUACAAUGCAACAACAACAGCAGCCAUCACAACCAGCCCAAACAGCACAAAAUCAAAAUCCACAUUCGACCGGCAGCACAUUAGUUGCAACACAAUUUAUAAAUGCUUGGGAUGAUUUGGCUAGGGCCACCACUGUUGCAACAAGCACAGUGAAAUCACACAUUGUCAGUUUGCUACAAGAAUUUGUAACACAAUCGCUAACAUCAUUUGAACCUGAUUCGGAUAUACGGGACCACAAUCAACAGAUUAUUAUGGAAACAACACAAACCAUGGUCAAUAUUCAGCAUCAAUUUUGUGUGGCCAGUUAUGAUUCAUUUUCAACAUUAAUGUGUUGCUUCAUGUGCCAUGCUCCUGUUGGUUUUCCACAUGAUUCCGAUUGUGGAUUUCAAAAAAGAUCAGGUUCAAGUGAUUUGCGUUCACAAACACCAUCACCACAUUUUGGACCAUUGACCAUGAAUGUACCAAAAAAUGAUCGUGAUAUUUAUCGUACGGAUGGAGUCAGUCAAUCAAUUACUAAUCGAAACAUGAUGAAUAUGGAACUUACUUCGGCUCGAGUACCGUCUCCGCAUCAGGAUGUUCGAGGACCAAGUCCUGUUCAUAAUUUCUUAGAGAAUAUUCGAGGACCAUUACCACCUCCGGGUCAUUUAUUGACUAUGAAAGGACCAUUUCUUCAUCGUUGCUCUCGAAGCCCACUGAAUUUUCCAUUAUUUCCAUUGAAUUCGCAGCGACGAUGGUCGGAGGCUGCUGCUGGUGAAGUGAAAGGCGAACCGAGCAUGAUGGAUGCCGAAAAUAUGCGUCGUUGGUCAAUGCCAUGGGAAUCAAAAACGGAAUCGAAAAACACUGUCACCUGGCAUCAGACACGUAUUAUAUCACGAAUGGCUGUACCACCAAAUGCAGCACAAACGUUGUACUCAAAAACCAGCAGCGAUCGCAGCCAAACAACAACACCAGAUUCGAUGUAUCAGUCAUCGACAACUAGUCAAGAUGGGCUUGCUGAGGCAAUUCAAUUGCUUUCUUGCCGACCAUCACGUGCAUAUCAACCAACAUUGGGACAAUCAUUUGCCGAAGAGCAACCAUCACAUUCGAACGUGGGCACAUAUGAGAUGUGGUCUCGAGACGAGGAUCGAAUACCAUGUAUAAAAUUUCCCAAACAUUCAAAUAAAUCGAACGAUGAACAAACACCACAUCCACCACCAUAAAAAUGAUAAACAUUUUAAUAUUUCGCCAUUUAAAUUGAGAGACAUGGAUUAAUUUAAUUCAGAUUUUUUGUUUCGAAGCAUGUUUGCAUUCCAACAUCAUUAUUUAUGAAUCGCCUCAUUUUCGAUAUGUCAUCUAACGGAACGUCUUUAUAUUUUGCGAACGAUUUUGUUUUUAAAUUUGAUGACACAUGUUACCAUUAUCAGUUUCUGCGUUGGUUGUUGUGACAAUGAGUAAUAACAAAAAUUCGACGAUUAAAUGGGUAUUAAACAUCGGAUGGCCUCGCGUCAUCCCUUGACUUUUUUUUUAAUUUGAAUAUUUAUUCAUGUAUUAAAUUUCAUUGUAUUAUCAUAAUUACAGGGCUUAUUUCUUUACCAGAACAAUAUUUUUGUUGUAAUGCAAUGUAAACAAAACUUAAUUUAAAUUUUUGAUUUAAUGAAUUAAAUUUGAAAUGUGUUGAAUAUUUGUAGAAAGGGAUACCUUAUUUCUCCAUUUAAAAUUUGAUUUUAUGCUAUUUUUGUGUACUAUGGUUAAUCUAGAAACCAAAUUACCAGUCGCUUUUUAUAAGUGCUCGUUUUCUUCGUAGGAAAAAUCGAUCAAUGUUUUUAAUGUGAUAAUUUCGAUCAAAAGCUAUCAUUUUAUGAGAUUCCAACAAAAAUGGAACCAUUGUUCGAGACAUUAUUUACGUGAAAUUAAUUUUCUGUAUAUACAUUUAAAAAACAUUUCGAUGCGGAAUCAAUUGAAUUACAAUUUUGAACAUACCAAAAAAAAAACCUGUUUAAAAACGUCAUUAUUUAGGUAGAUACUUUAUAUUAAUACUUUCAUCGUCACCAAUGCUAACAUAUUGAGAUUAAUAUUAAUGAAUAGGUUUUU